AUGUAUUUAUACAUUUCCAUAAUAAAACAACUUUUUUUUAUUUUAUUAAUCUGCAUACAUGUUGUCGAGGUUAUACCAUUGGGUACAGAUGAAGAGGAUCUUAAUAAUUCAAUGGUCAUAAAUCUACUGCAAGAAUGUUUUUCAGACCACAUGUUUAAUUACGACAAAUAUUUAAGUAUAAGUUCUGAUCAGUUGAAUUCUAUAAAGCAUGAUGAUUCAAUGCCAAUAGAGGAAAAAAAAGAAAAGAUAGAUAUUAUUAGUAAUGAAUUGAAUCACAUCGAAUCGCUAGAGAAUCUUACAUUUGGAUUAUUGGAAUAUUUUUUUAAACUCGUUGAAGAAUAUCAGAAUGGUGAUGUAAAGUCACGGUCUAAUUUUAAAAAAGAAACACUGAAAUUAAUUUCAACUUUUCACAAUUCUGCAUUAAAAAUGAAUGAUACAGAGUUUUUCCAACAUUUAUUAAAUCAAUAUCAUCCAAACGGAAACAUAAGGCAUGAAAAAUUAAUCAAUAAUCAUCAAAAAAUUAAUGAAGUGAAAAAAGACAAUUUAGCUUUAGAUUUGGUUGAUGACAUGUUAAAAGAAGUCAGUGAUUCUGCCGAUCAUCUUGAAGAAAAUAUGAAUAAUAAUAAAUUUGCUGAUAAUCCAAAGAUGCACGGAUCUCUUGAAACUGUUGUUAGAUUGGAGGAAGAUGAAGGCGAUUUUUUUUCAAUGAAUGAACAGGAAGGUGAUUCAAUUGAUGAUGACGAAAUACAUAGCCAUCAUAGAUUAGUUGGAUUAGUUGAUCGUGAUAAUAAUGAAUACGUUCUUACUAGGCCUCAUGACUUAACUGUCUUUUACGAAGAUGCACAACUUUUACGAGAUAUAAUUGUUACAAUAGUUUCAUCUUUUGUAUUUGGCUCAAUUUCAAAUAGUAUUGGAUUACCAGCGUUUUUGGGCUAUAUUAUCGCUGGGUGUUUACUUGGGCCUGCAGGAUACAACGUAAUUCAGGAAUUAAUUCAAACAGAAACAUUAUCACAAUUAGGAGUUGUCUUUAUUGUGUUUAUGUUGGGACUUGGAUUUUCAUUUGAAAAACUUAAAUCUUCAUGGAAAUUUGCACUUGGUAGCGCAUCAUUGAUAUUCAUUUCAACACUUAGCUUUUUUAUUUUUUCUGGUUUCAUCAUUGGCGCAAGUAUCAAUCAAGCUAUUUUUAUUGGUGCAUGUGUAUCACUCUCUAGUACAACUGUUGUUGAACGUUUGAAAUGUCAAGAGCUUGAACCAUUGUAUGCUUUACCAGCACUUUCUAAAUCUGGAAUUGAUGUGAUUUUAGCUAUUGGUCAUUUACUUUUAUCUUUAAUGGUGUUUUUUGGGUUAAGUUAUAUAAUCACAAAACUUCCAGUUGCUUGGAUUCUUAGAACGACCAAAAAAAGCAAUAAUCACGAACUCUUCCUUCUUGGCUCAAUAUCAUUAUGUUUAUUGAUGUCACAGUUUUCACUUUUACUUGGUCUUGGUGUUGAAAUCGGUUGUUUUGUUGCAGGAGUGUUUAUACAUAAUUGUAGAUAUAUUAUUGAUUCUUCAAUUGGCGUGGUUGAACCAGUUAAAGAUUUGUUUUCAUGUUUAUUUUUUGCCAGCAUAGGACUUCACAUUUAUCCCAGUUUUUUGAUUAAUGAAGCACCAUUAUUGCUUAUACUUACUGCGGGAGCUGUAGGAUUUAAAUUUAUUAAUAGUAGCCUUGCAUUAGCGAUAUUAGGUCAUCCAAUUCAACGUGCUUCAACAAUGGCAGUUGGUUUGGCUCAAAUUAGUGAAUUUGCAUUUGUGCUUGGAAGUCGUGCAAAAGGAUAUGGAAUCAUAUCGAGAGAAGCAUACUAUCUUCUAUUAACAACUACUUCUUUAACACUUGUGGUGACACCAAUAUUAUGGAAUAUAUUAUUCAAUAAAAAAAAAGAUUUUAAUAGUAGUAUUGGUGGUGGCAAUACAGGUGGGGUGAUACCAUUUUCAAUAAACAAUCCUGGAAAGGUUGAAUAA